AUGGCUGCAGAUGGCGCUGUUCAUCCGCAGCCGCAGCCGAAUGAUCACCAUCGCAAGAUUGAACUCCAGUCCCCCGAAGACUUUACAUACCUGCAGCGUAAUCUGAUCGCGUCGGCGCAGCAGAAACUCGAUCUUCACUUCCCUCUUUCCGCCUUGCAGACAGACGGCGUUGACAGUGCUCAACCCGCUACGAUAAUCUCACUCGAUGGCGUGAAGCCUGCUGACGCCACCGUGGCUACUGGGGACAUCGCGCACCAAAAGCCCGAACAACAAGAAGAUCCACUGCGAGCGAGAGUCCGCCAACUCGUCGACGCGUUCAUGCGGCGGACAUGGGAGGGUGCCAGCCAGAACAUCACAGUCAAUGGGAUGAACGCUUCUCAGUUCUCCAUUCUGGCCAACGAAGCCUCCCAGACUACUACCUCAUCCGACGAGCCUCACGAGGAAAGAGAGGGCGUGGACUUUGUAUACGAGAAUUAUGACAGCAGACUGCAAUCGCGAGUUGCGGGCUUGUACGGCGAACUUGAAGCACUUACCGCGCAGGUGAGCAAACUUCGACGAACGGCACCACUGCAGGCGUCGAGCGACUUUAGGAAUGCUCUGGUUGCAGAGUUGGCGCACGAUGACGAGCGAUAUAAUCGGGACAUGACCAAGAUACAAGAGAACGCGGUCAGCGAGAAGGAUGGACCGCUGAAGCUCAAGCCCCUGCGUGACGGAUGGCACGACGAUGUACAGGCCAUGUAUGAGAGGGGGAUAGGCGAAUUGGCUGUGCUCUCUGGACUAGCGACAGCGGCCGCCGGAAACGGCCAGGGGGGCGCCAGUCUGACAGAGACGGUUGGCAAGGUCCAGCGCGCAAGGACCGUUGCUAUGGAAUUCGAAUAG